GCUCCCGCAGCCGGAAAGAGGAAGCGCGGAAAUCGUAAACAUGUCUUGUUAGUGUGAACAUGGUAGCGGGUUGUUGAAAACUCUGCUGACUCUCCUUUCCUCUCUUUUAACCCCUGGCAGCUGCGAGUAGAAGCAAAAAGCGGCUAACGACGCCCCUUAUCCAGAGUCUCUAGCUCUUUUUUAACUUUUUAAUUCGCACUUCAGACCACCGACGCAGGACAAAGUAUUAAUUUCUCUGCCCUGCUUGGCUUCAGACAGCGCCGGGCGGAGCUGCCCAGUCCAACAAAACCCGACUUAUCUCAUCGUUUUUCUGCCAUAUUCACCGCCGGUAACCUGCAUUUAUGGGCUGUAGCGUUUUGGCUUAGUUAGCCCAGCCACUCGUUAAUUUCAACCCCGCGAAGCUGGUGGGAAAUUCAGCAGCGACGCCGUUUCCCCCUGGUUCUCCACCCUGGCGGUUCCUUGCUUCGAUGGCGUUUACCUCCCAAAGCAAGAAAAUCAGUUCCUGCAUCAUGUUUUGGAUGAUCUGGAAACAUACAAACAGAAAAGAACCCCUAAAACCGUGCUCCUGUUCCCCCCCUUACCCAGCAGACUGCGAUACCUGAUCCACAGGACGGUGGAAGACAUGCCAGACCUCACUACCUUCUCUGUAGGGGAGAGCUGGUGCCGUAGGGUGGUGGUCUGCCCUUUUGAGCUCAGGGCCGACUCCGAAGGACACAGUGACGUGGAGAGCGGCGGCGGCCCCUCCGAGGGGCCCCCAGGCAGCAGCGCGGCGACGGAACCCGACGUCAAGGCGAAGCCUUCGACCGCGGCACAAAGCCGGACGCCUAAAAGGCCGGACAAGCCCCUCUACACGCCGCGGGCCGCCCGUCAGAGAGUGUCUCUGCAAAACCCCCAAGGCUCCCCCGCUAACAAGGGCCCGGAAAGUUCUGCUCAGUGUAGCAGCGUCUCUGUUGGCGGUCCUCCUGACCCUAAAGCCACACACCGCACAGAUGACUCCGCCUCCUCCGCACAGGAACCCUGCGGCGCCGACGGCGUAACCAGCGAGCCUGAUGGCGAUUCAGAGCUCUGUACCCAGGAAAGAACUGGGCAUUCAGCGCCGGGGCGGCACGACGGCGACACCCCCGCCUGGGACCGGACCCGGUCGUCCUUCGCAGAGAUGAAGCUGGAGGAGGCGAAGGGAGACGACUCCAGCGGUGUCCGGACCGAAGACACCGACACAGAUGAUGUAACUGAACUGAUUACGACGCAUCUCAAAGAGACAGACGUCUCUGUCGAGCUUGCUCACAACGACUUCUCCAUCUACGAGAACGUGUUUCUUAACUCGGACGACUUCAGCCACGUCAUUGAGAUCUACGACUUCCCGGCUGUGCUCAAGACGGACGACCUUCUUGAUGCCUUCACAGAAUAUAGUGACGGUGGGAUGAAGAUCAAGUGGGUGGACAACACGCACGCUCUGGGUGUCUUCUCCAGCGAGGCGGCAGCGCUCCACGCCCUCUCUAUCUGCCACCCACUGCUGAAAACCCGAGCUCUUUCUGAGGGGAGUAAAAAAGCCCAGGGGAAGGCCGUCAGAAGGGCAGAAUUUCUGCAGCCCGUCAAGGAGCGUCCGAGGACGGACUGCGCAGUGGCCAAACGGAUGGUGACCAGAGCUUUAGGCAUUCAGGGACGAGGCCGACUGCACAGGUACUGAGCUGGACCGGACCCGUCUCUACUCCAACGCGACAGAAGAGCCUCCGGCGAGCUGCAGCUGGUCUGGGAGCAGCAACAAAAUGUCUCUGUAGCUCCUGUUCACUAUUAAGGCCUCAGCGGUGAAUAAAUUAGGAUGAAAUUUAUAUUUUUUAGGUCAUUUUAGAUAGUUUCUAAAGUGGUUCUGAAGAACAUUUUAUUGCACGUUGGUUUGACGUCUAGUUUCCUGGCUUUAUUCAAGACGUGUUUUGUUUCCAUCUCUUACCCACAGGAAAGAGGGCUGGUUGCACAUAUUGGAAGUGUUGAUUUUGUUUUUAACGUAUUAAACUUCUCCACCGUUAGUUAAAUAUUCUACAUUCAGCAAUGUUUGAUGCUUUAUGUUAAAACUGUUCAUUAAACAAAGAUUUGACAUUGUU